UUUAUAUAUUUCGUCCAGCAUUCCCGACCUAAGCGUAGCGGUAUCCGGACCUCUUGGUUUUCCCACUGGCGUCGCAGUUUGGUCACCAAGGGCGCGAGCCGCCAACCCGUGCCGCGCGCAGCCGCCCCACCGCCGCGGACACACCAUGACCGGCCGAGCAGCAGCGGCGGCCGUGCUCUUGCCGCUCGGUGCCUCCGCCGCGCCCGCGAGCUCCGGGACCAAGCUGUGCCAAGGCCAGUUCGACAUGCCCGGCUACGGGCCGGUGGAGAUCAUCCCCACUGGGUGGGCUGACGAGGGCUUUGAGCCCGUGGACGUCACCAGCAGCGGGGUGCUCGAGGCCCACAUGGACGCCCGCGCCUACUUCGCCGACGAGUGCACGCCAGGGAAGUACGACCACAAGCAGUACCUGGCGCUCAACUUCCUGGGCAAGACGAUGAGGUUCACGGUCGACCUCACUGGAGCUGGCUGUGGUUGCAACGCCGCCUUCUACCUGACGUCCAUGCAGCAGAACACCCAGCCGUCGGAGUGCUCCGACUUCUACUGCGAUGCCAACAACGUGUGCGGCGAGUCGUGCGCGGAGAUCGACAUCAUGGAGGCGAACCAGUUUGCAUGGCACUCCACCCUGCACACGGCCACCGACCACACGGCGUCGGCGGGGGCUUCGGAGGGGGCGACAGCUGGAACGGGCCGCGGGACUGGGGCUCCGCGGAGUAUGGCCCGGGGGCCAGCUGCGUCGACACCGCCGCGCCCUUCGACGUCGCGGUGUCGUUCCCGGUGGACAGCCAGGGAGCGCUUGCGGCCAUGGAGGUGACCCUCUCGCAGAGCGGCAAGUCCUGCCCCCUCUCGGUCCGCCUGGGGACCUACGAGGGCAUGGCGGAGCUUUCGCAGGCCCUCGAGGCGGGCAUGACGCCUAUUGUGAGCUACUGGGCCGCCAACGACAUGCUCUGGAUGGACGGCCCGGGCACGGACGGCCAGGGCCCCUGCACCGUCGACGACAUGGAUGCGUGCGGGAAGUCCGUCAAGUUCUACGACUUCUCCGUGGAGGAGAUCGGAGGCGCGCGCCCGACCAGCUCCUCGAGCGCAGCUUCGGGCGCCGCGCCGCAGUCCUCGGGCAACCGGCCGCCCGCGGGCGUCGUGGCCGCCAGCGGCUACGGCGACGCCCCGGCGACGCCCUCGCCGGCGCCCGCGCACGCGGCCGCGGCCGCGGCAGGCUCCAGCGUCGACUUCUCCCGUUGCGCCAAGAAGCAGAAGGUGGACUGCAGGGAGUCCAAGUGCUGCGCGGAUCCUGGCUUCCAGUGCUAUGAGAAGAACGACUACUGGGCGGCCUGCAAGGAGGCGUGCGUGCCUGGCUCGAUGGACCCCGAGGACGACGCCGAGCACCGCGUGCCCUGGAGCUGCAAGAAGCUCGGGGACCGCACCCCGGGCGCCGGGAGCAGCGCGUCGCCACCAUCCACCUCCGCGGCGCCGGGCUCGGCCAGCGGCGCCGCGGGCUCCCCUUCCCCCGCCGCCGCUGGGCGGCCCCUGGGCAAGGUGACCGUGAGGGUAACCUCGGACGCUUCCAUCCCCGAGCUGGCGAAGGGCGAGGAGGUCACCCUCACCUGGGGCGGGAACACCCUCAGCGCCACCGUCAUGGAGGAGCAGGAGAUUACGGCCUGACGACCGUGCGGCUCUUUCGCCCACAGUCCCCAGCGAGGCCGUCGCUCCCCUCUCACCAGGGGCCGCUUGGAGCUCACACGGCAGCAUCUCUUUGUGUUUUGUGAUCCCGCCACCAUCGCAGCCAUGGCACGAUUCGGCUUCCCUCCUCAGCUUAGCACACUUGGCGACUUCGACGGCCUGGAGCCUUCUAAUCCCACGCCCCGUGCUCCGGCGCGUGGCCAAUUAUCUGCACGCAGCUGCUAGAGUUGCGGAAUCCACAGGGGUGCAUGUUUAGAGGCGCGAGGCGACGUGCUGGCAGUGCACGGCGCAAGGUGCUCAGUCAAGAAGUUCAUCGAGCGUCGGUCCUUGCCUUCGGAGAAAAUCUGCUGCCUUCGCCUCUGGUGGAGUGGGCGCGCCUGCGCUGGGCCAGGAGCGGAGACGCUGCCAGUGCGGCGAGCGAGAGAGCCCCUUGUGCGCCGCCCCC